GCGCUGCUCAGCUGCCUGCGGGCGGGAAUCGGCUCUUCCUCUCGCGGGAUCCGGGUCCCGCCUCGACGCCCGCUCUGUCCUGACGCCCCGCCGACGGGGGUCGCCAUGGUUCACUUCUUGCACCCGGGCCUCUCGCCGCGGAACAUUGUCCCUCCGGACGCCCAGAAGGAUGCGCUGGGUUGGUGCGUGGUGCAGGAGGAGGCAUCUCCCUACUCUUUGGUUAACAUCUGCCUGAACGUCCUCAUUGCUAACCUAGAGAAAUUGUGUUCUGAAAGAUCUGAUGGAACCUUGUGCCUUCCAGAGCAUUGGAGCUUCCCUCAAGAAGUAGCUGAUCGAUUCCUUGGGGUAAUGACAUGGCAAGGGAAGCUGACUGAUAGAACAGCAAGCAUUUUCCAAGGCAACCAAAUGAAACUGAAGCUGGUCAAUAUUCAAAAAGCUAAAAUCUCGACAGCUGCAUUCACAAAAGCCUUCUGCCAUCACAAAGUCAUUGAGCUAGAUGCUACUGCAGUGCACACUGACCUCCCAAUUUCAGACAUCCUAAGCGGACUCUGCAGCAAUAGUUGGAUCCAGCAAAACCUUCGGUGUCUCCUGUUGGACUCGACAAGUAUCCCUCAAGAUUCAAGACUCCUAUUUGGUCAGCUCACUGGUCUUCGCGUUUUAAGUGUUUUCAAUGUUUGUUUUCAUAGUGAAGACCUGGCUAAUGUUUCUCAGUUACCAAAACUGGAAAGCUUGGAUAUCUCCAAUACUCUGGUGACUAACAUUUCUGCACUCCUUACCUGUAAGGAUCGACUCAAAUCUCUGACUAUGCACUAUCUGAAAUGCCUGACUAUGACCAAACCACAAAUUCUUGCAGUUAUUAGAGAACUUAAAUGUCUGCUUCACCUUGAUAUUUCUGAUCACAGGCAACUCAAAUCAGAUCUAGCUUUUCAUUUGCUGCAGCAAAAGGAUAUUCUGCCUAAUAUUGUGUCGCUGGAUAUUUCGGGGGGCAAUUACAUCACUGAUGGAGCUGUAGAACUGUUUAUACAACAACGGCCUGCAAUGCAGUUUGUGGGACUAUUGGCUACGGAUGCUGGUUAUUCUGACUUCUUUACUGCAAAGCAAGGCUUGAGGGUUGCUGGAGGAGCCAAUGUGACUCAGAUUUCAGAAGCACUGAGCCGAUACAGGAAUAGGUCAUGUUUUAUGAAGGAAGCUCUCUAUAGGCUCUUCACAGAGACAUUUUCAAUGCAGGUAACCAUGCCUGCUAUUUUAAAGCUUGUGGCUGUAGGAAUGAGGAAUCAUCCAUUGGAUUUGCCAGUGCAGUUCACAGCCAGUGCUUGCGCCCUCAACUUAACACGCCAGGGCCUGGCCAGGGGAAUGCCUGUUCGUCUGUUGUCAGAGGUCACCUGUCUGCUUUUCAAGGCUCUGAAAAAUUUCCCCCAUUACCAGCAGUUACAGAAGAAUUGUCUUCUCUCCUUAACUAAUUCCAGGAUUCUUGUGGAUGUUCCAUUUGACAGGUUUGAUGCUGCCAAGUUUGUUAUGAGAUGGCUCUGUAAGCACGAGAACCCGAAGAUGCAAACAAUGGCAGUGAGCAUCACCUCUAUCCUAGCCUUGCAGCUCUCACCUGAGCAAACUGCACAACUUAAGGAAGAGCUCUUCAUGGCAGUUAAGGAACUUCUAGCAAUAGUAAAACAAAAGACUACUGAGAAUUUAGAUGAUGUCACCCUCUUGUUUACUUUGAAAGCACUUUGGAAUCUUACAGAUGAGUCUCCAGCUGCCUGCAAUCACUUUAUGGAAAAUCAAGGAUUGGCGAUCUUUAUCCAAGUCUUGGAGACUUUUUCAGAGUCAGCAAUUCAGAGCAAAGUACUUGGUCUUUGGGCAUUUUAUCAUCUCAUCACAAGCAGAAGAAGGAACAACAUAGCUGAAGUUAGAGAACUCUCUUCCAAGCUGGUGACCGAAGAUGUGGUGAAACAUAUUAGCAACUUGCUCCACAGCAAAGAAAUGGAAGUCAGCUAUUUUGCUGCAGGCAUCAUAGCCCACCUGACAUCUGACAAACAGCCCUGGAUGUCCCAUGACCUUCAGAGGAGUGCUCUUCUCCAGGAUCUGUAUGCAACCAUCCAGAAUUGGCCCAGUUCAAGUUGUAAGAUGACAGCAUUGGUGACCUACAGAUCCUUCAAGGCAUUUUUCCCACUCCUUAGCAACUUCUCUCAACCAGCAGUUCAGCUCUGGGCACUAUGGGCAAUGUAUCAUGUCUGCAGUAAAAACCCCAGCAAAUACUGCAAAAUGUUAGUUGAAGAAGAAGGAUUGCAGCUUUUGUGUGACAUCCAGGAGCACAGUGAGGCAGACCCUCACGCACAGCAGAUUGCAGCCUCUAUUCUAGAGGACUUCAGAAUGCAUUUUAUGAAUUAUCAGAGACCGCAUCUGUGUUGAAUGCCCUUCAUAACCUCUGGGGCUUCAGACGUGCUCUCUGAUCCUCAGUGUCAGGACCUCUGCCUUGCCAGUUGUCACUGGAGUUUGUGAGUUGGCUGCCUCACUGGCUUUUUAUUAUUGAUUUUCUAUAGGCUACAAAAAGGUUGGAUUUGAAUGAUAGCCAUAAUCCCAAGUAAAGUUGGAAUCAUUCUGGGAACACCCUUUCAACAGUUUUGAAAAGUCAAGCCUCGGACCGUGUGGGAAGACCUGUGAGCUUGUGUUGCAACAGCCCUGCCAGAUCCUUUUCCUAACCCUGGACAGUUUCUUAACUCUGGGAGUUUGUCUCUGGGAGUUUGUCAGAGGAAGGAGGAAAGAAAAAUGUGCAGGAAGAUCUUGAGGUUUAUGUUAACUUUUCAUGUUUGAAAGAAUAUCUUGAGUUGUUAUUCGUACUUACGUGAGGCUACUAGAAAUGUACGUGAAAAAGUUCUGGGAAAUACAUGCUUAUAAAUAUGUUGUUUAGAAGGCAGAAUCUCCUUUGGAGGGGAGGAGAAAGAGGUUAAAAAGAAUUUUUUAAAAUAAACACCCAAGUAUCUUCCACUUGUGGGGUACAGGGAAGAAAAAUAACUUUUUUUUUUUUUUUUUUUUUUUUACCAUUUGGGAUAUUCUGCCUUUGGCCUUUUUCUUCCACCUUUACACAUUAGGCUGAGUGAACACAUUCUGUGUAAGUAGGUAUGGUGGUAAAAAACAGUAGGAUUUAGGACUAUGAGUAGAGUGUUUAGAUGAAGAUUAUCUAGGAACUAAAUAUUGAUCCUGUAAGGUUUUGAUUUUAGUAGGAUUAUGACCAAGAGGAAGAAGAAGCUAGCAAAAAGACUUUGCUGUAGGUUUUAAGAAUGCUCUUACUUGGGGCAGCCUGGGUGGCUCAGCGGUUUAGCGCUGCCUUCGGUCCGGGGCGUGAUCCUGGAGUCCUGGGAUCAAGUACCAUGUCGGGCUCCCUGCAUGGAGCCUGCUUCCCCCUAUGCCUGUGUCUCUGCCUCUCUUUCUCUCUGUGUCUCUCAUGAAUAAAUAAAUAAAAUCUUAAAAAGAAAAAAAAAAAGAAUGCUCUUACUUAACAUGGAGGCAAGAAAAAUAGAGGCUUUUGAGAACCAGUUUCAACUGCAGUAUAAACUACCAGAAGCUUCUGUUUGUGUCCUGUGGGACAGAGUAUGAAUUCCUUCCUUGUUACUGACAGCUAACGAAAUGUGUUUCACCAUUCAUCUGCUUAAGUUUUCCAAAGAACAAAAGUAAAUUCCUUUUUGGUUAGUAGCAUAUUUUCAUAUUAGAUAUUUGUACUUUUAUCUGGCCAGACUCUUAACUAGAGUACUAUAUAACAUCUUUUGGAAUCAAAUGAGGCUUAUCCUUACUCUGAAUCAUAUUCCAAAUGAUUGUUCAUCAGUGUCCCACUGAAUAAGGGGAAAUUGUAAACUGUUUCGUUCUUUUUUUUUUUUUUUUUAAGAUUUUAUCUAUUUAUUCAUGAGAGACACACACAUGCACACACACACAC